CUCUCUCUCUCUUCUUUCUUUUUUCUUUUUUUUUUUUCGAAUUUUUUAAUGGAGGAAUGUGAAAGAUCAGAUUUUGGGAUCUGGGUUUGCUUUAUUUUGAUGGAAUUUGAUGGUUAAGAUAUGGGUUUUUGUUCUUGCGCCUUAAUUAUUGUCUUAUUAUUCUUGUUUUUUUUUAUUACUUGAGUUGAUGAUGAAUGAGAAAAGAUAUGAUCGUUUUGGGAACUGGGGUUUGUUUAAUUAUUGAAAUUGAAAGGUGCUUUCCCCCCCUAAAUUCGGGUGGCAUCAGUUAUGUAUAGCAAGGAAUUGUAUUUUUUUUAGAGAUAAUUGUGGUGAAUUUACGGAUUAUUAGAAAUAGAUAUUUCAGCUAUCUUUCGUUUAUUUUUUAUAUUUCAGGAAAUAUUGCAUUGUUCUUCUUUCAUGAUUUUGGUUUUGCCCUGAUAUUUUCUAUUUUCCUUGAGAGAAGUCCCAAUUGCAUGUCAUCAGGAUGUAAAUUAACUAUAAAAUGAUUACUUUUCUAUUUUGAUUUUUGUUCCAAACAUUAUUACAGUUUAACCGACAUUCGGCCGAAAAAAUUGAUUAUUUGUUUUCCAAUUGCAGAAAUAUAAAUGUUUGAUCUUCUGCAUUGUGGGAUGAAAAACCGAUGAACAUUUUCUAUUUACCAUAACACACUUGAAUAAUUUGAUUUUAUGUCACUAAUGUUUUUCGAUCCCUUUGCUUUAACAAUGCAGACAUUUUCUGUUUUCUGUUAUCAUGUUUUGAUGUUGUCGCAUAAGGCCAUAAGGUGGGGAAAAAAAGAAAGAAAAGAAAAGAAAAGAUGCAUACCCUUUUCCAUUUUCUUGUGAUUGUGGUUUCCGUUGAAGCUCUGACUGCAGAGAUUCAUCCUGAGCUUUUUCUAAAGAAGAAAAAGUUUGCUGUGAGAAUCUUUAGAGUAGGAGAGAUUGUUGGACUUUCUCUUGCCUACUUUUCUCACUGAGGAACUAUUGGCUAGUAGACUAGUGAUCUGCAGACAUGGCUUCUUUAAAUUCCGGCGAUCUCGGAAGCAGAAAUGAAUCUCGAGUUUUCGAAAGUUUGGAUGAGUUAGCCACUGACUUAGCAGAGUAUAUAUCACAGUUGUCUGAGAUUUCAGUCAAGGAAAGAGGAGUUUUUACUAUUGCUUUAACUGGAGGGCCACUCAUCAGCUUGUUGGGUUACUGGAUAUGCAAAAGCAGGAAACUUUGUGAAGCUCCUUACAACAAGACUGUGGAUUGGACAAAAUGGUAUGUUUUUUGGGCUGAUGAGCGUGCAGUUGCAAAGAAUCAUGUUGAUAGUAACUACAAGCUGACAAAGGAUGAAUUUCUUUCAAAGGUGUCAGUUCUGAAUAGCCACAUUCACUCCAUCAACGACAACGUGACAGUAGACCAGGCGGCAACCGACUACGAGUUUGUCAUUCGCCAGCUGGUCAAAGUUCGAACGCUAGAUGUCUCGGAAAGCAACGACUGUCCCAAAUUCGACCUUAUACUCCUGAGCAUUGGCUCUGACGGCCAUGUAGCCUCCCUCUUCCCUGGGCAUCCAGCCCUUGAGCUGAGAGAAGACUGGGUCACUUACAUCACCAACUCUCCCGUGUCUCCACCCGAAAGGAUCACCUUCACCCUUCCUGUCAUCAACUCCGCUUCCAAUGUCGCCAUUGUCGCAGUAGGGGAAGAUAAGGCCAGCGCAGUGCAGCUUUCCAUUAACCAAGGCAACACUGACGUGCUCAGCGGUUGCUCAGUGCCGGCGAGGAUGGUUCAGCCGACUGAAGGCAAGUUGGUUUGGUUCCUAGACAAGCCAGCUGCAUCAUCAGUCCUCAGUGACCAAUAACGAUGGCUAGCUCUUUGCCCUCAGCCGGCAGUGGUACAGUUAGUGGAGUCGUGUGUGAUCUGUGAAUGGGUGUAUGUAGGUGGAGCUCGCUCUCUCUCCCCCUCACUCUCUUUUGUUUCUCUUUUUUGUGGGAUUGUGGGGGGUUUUUAAUGUACUCGUCUCAUGAUGAGAGUGUUAGCACAGGGAAAUAAAUAAAGCAGUUUCGGCUCAGUAGUUAACGAGGGUCUUUUGCGGUUGGGAAAUAGUUGAGAACAAAAGGAGCGUAUGUCAUAUGGUGUAAAACUCAAUGAGAUGCUAUUCUGGAAAUUAACUGUAGGUUCUGAAUUAAGCGCUCAGUUUUGAAUUAAGUGCUCUUCCCAUC